ACAUUUAUCAAUAUUUUUAUGUUAAAAAAGUAUUUAAGUAAUUAAUUCGUGAUCUUUUGUAAAACUGAGUGGUGGUUGAUAUAUGAUGGUUGUGCUCUUGAACUUAAACGUGUGGUCGUGAAAGUUCUUAGUCAAACGAUGUCAACAACAAACUGUGAGAGGAAUUGAAGCACAUUUAGCUAUAUACACACGAAGACGAGGAAUAGAUUGAAAUAUAAAAAGUUGCAAAAAUUAGUCUUACCCACUACAAAAUGAAGUUGAAAAUGAAACACUAGAUAAGAAAAAGUGAAGCAGAGAUUGAAGAAAAUUUUAAUUUGAUUAAUAUUGACUAUAUUUAUGAAGAUGAUGAUUCAUUGUCUCCAUGGAUCGAAGAAAGGAAAAAUCACUAUUAGAUGGAGUGCAAGAUUAGAAUGGUUGCCUUUGGUGAGCACAAAUGAUGAAGAUAUAGAUUGCGCUCAUGAUAAUGGUGGUCAUGGUACACCAUGCGGUGAUAGUGACGGUGAUGGUGAUAAUGGAAGAUUUGGGGAACAUCAUAAUGAUGGUGAUGUUAACACGACAUGGAAGAUUCAACCAGACUUCUCAUACUCUAGGCGUUAUAGGAGUUUGAUUGAAAUAACUAUCGAUGAUAAUUCAUUGCGUGAGACUACUAGAAGCAAAACAAGUAUGACAACAGGAAAGUAAGAAACAAACAUCGUAAUGUUCCAUUAGUUGAUUCAUCUUAUUCUAGUAAUGGACCAAAUUUUGGUUAUACUUGUAACGAUGAAUCUUCUAGUGGUACACAAUAUUAUGUGCCUUUUGCUGAGUAUCCUAAUCUCAUCUCUUAUUGUCAAUACGCAAAUUAUGAAACUUCUUCCUAUUAUCAAUCAUCAACAUAUCAACAAACAAGUAAUGAGUUUUAUGAUUAUGUUUUCAAUCAAGGAUCUUCUCAUGAUGAUAGUCAAAGUGAAACCAUAGGUUGUUAUUCCCAAUGAAAUUCCACCAUGUGGUUGAAAGAAUCAUGUAAAUUACUAUAUUUCUUCUUAACAUUAUUACUAUUAUUAUUGUAGUUGUCGUUGUUGAUUUAUUAACUCAUUUGACUUUUCAUAUUUAUGUUCAAAAAAGUCUGCAAUUUGCACAGGCGAUGUAUUUGCAUUCUUGACAAUGUAACACUUGAAACGCUUUAUAUCAUGUCAGUGCGUGUUGAACUGUGUUUGUUAUAACCAUUUAAUGCAAGGACUACUUAAAUUAAGAGAUCUGUUAAGACUUGUUUAGUUUGAAGAAAUUUUUAAUAGUGUUUGUAAUAAUUAUUUAGUUUAGCAAUCAAAUUAUUAUUCUCUUUUAAAGAUUCGUUGUUCACCUAUGUAGCGCGAAAACUCUUGGGAAAGUUCUUUGGAAACUCUCCAAAAAGUCUUUUUUGGGCAAAAGUUGACGUUUCUUGUUUUCCGUUUCCUCAUUACUUCCGCGUUUCCGUGCAACAUAGUUGUUCACGUAUAACUAUAUAAGUGUUUAAAGAAGUAUUCAUAAUGCUCUAUUAAUUUUAUCAUUUAUUAAUUCAAAUAAACUAAUUUAUGUUAAAUAUAAUUAAUAGAAGAUUUGUUGAACAAUACAAAAAAUAAUGGUAUUCCUAUUUGGUGCGAACUUGAAAAUAUUUCAUGCGGCAACGGCCACAAAUUGUGAGCAUUCGGUCGGUCGGUCAAAUAACCGACCGAUAACCGAAUAACCGACCAACUUUUUUUGCUUCAAUAACCGACCGAAAACCGACCGGUAAUUUUAGGGUACAAACCGAAAACCGACAAUUCGGUUUCGGUCAAUAACCGAAUAACCGACCAUAACCGAACAUAUAGAUUUUUUAAGGUUAUUUUUUUCUAAAAUCUGAAAGUUUUUUAUAAACACUAGGAAAAAACGAAGGAUUCCAAGCUGGAUGCUUUAUUCGUAACCGGAAGACGCUUUAUUGAAGUAUAUAUUGGAAAUAUUAUAAAAGAAAUGUCCUAAGUGAAAAACUUUUACUAAUAAUUUGGCAAAAAGACACAGUAUGUCACAAAAUUACAAAAUCCAAAGUGGUAAAUCUACACCAUUCUACCAUUGUCCAUCGCAUCAAAGCAUAUGUCCCUUGUCAAUAUUACAAGUGACCAAGUGAGAUCAAAAGUAAAUGCAAAUACUUGCUAUCAUUAAAUAGUUUCUGCAAUACAUUUAUAUAACAAAAUUCCUGCAGUAAGAAACGAUGGAGAGCUAAUCAAAUACUCAGCAUUCAUCACUUCAAAUAUAACAGUAUAUUUCACGUCUACAUGACACAAGCUCACAAACAUAUAAAAUUGGUUGUUUAUGUGAAUCUGUAAUAAGUCAUCACUAAACUAAUAAAUCUACAUCAUGGAAAGUAAAUUAAGCAGCUGUUGAUUUCGGCAAAGAUUUCUUAGUGGAGCAACUUAAAAGAAGUCUAAUAUCAUUCAUUUCUUCUUGAGAAGAAGAAAAACAAUGCCCGUAGAAUGUUAGUUCUUCUAGCUAGUUAUAACCAUUAACUCCUUCCCAUUAUACGUAUUUUCGUAUAAGAAGUUAACUCCAAGACUUCAGCAAAGCCCUUACAUAUUAUUUUCACCAAAUUAAUAAUCCAUUAAAUAACUAAUUAGAAAACUAACUCAUAGGUCAUUAGGUCCCCAACGGCCAACCCAAACAUCUCUACAUAUCAAAUAUAAAUAUUAAAACAGUGGAUUUCAGAGAGAUCGCUGAACUCGGGGGAAAAAAUAUGAAGCAUUUGUUGAAGAAAGAGGGGUUUAAUUGAGAUAAGUUAGAGAUUUACCGCUGUUAGAUAAUUAGAUUGGGGAAGUCUGCGAUUGGGUGAAUUGAAGAAACGAUGUCAAAUUAGUGACCACAGAGGAAACCUCAAGUUAGGGAUUGAAGAAGAGAACUCAGAUUACCUUGGGUCUUCGUACAAGGCUAAAAUUAAUCGCUUGGCUUCUUCGCUUUGCUAGAGUCUGGAUUCCGGAGAGGUCAGGUUCAUUCGCUCAUGUUUUCGGAACAGAGGUUUGGCGAUUUAGGGUAGGAGGUUGGCCGUUGCAUUGAUUUGGGUAGGAGGCCGCUGGGCUAUAAUUAUACUUAACACCUAUUCAUUCGGUUAUCGGUCACCGACCGAAACCUAAAAUUUAAAACCGCUAAAUAACCGAAUAACCGAAUAACCGAUAAUUUUUUACACUUGAUAACCGAAAACCGACCGAUAACCGAUUUUUCGGUUCGGUUCGGUCGCCGGUUAUCGGUUACGUCGGUUUUUUCGGUUAUUUGCUCACCCCUAGCCACAAUACACAUCGCAGCGGCCUCAUUAACUGCAAUGACCGCUACCGUAACCACAAUUUAAAAUCUUGGAUCAUAUAACACUUUUAUCCCCUUUGAUUUGUUUUUAGAAAUAUUCUAUUUUUUCAACAAACAGACUAACUAUUCAAAGCAUCCCCACCACCCCUUCCAAUAGUGUUCAUUCAAACAGGCCUUUAAUUGUUUGGUCAUGUAUAUUUGCGUACACACGCAAACACACAUUUCUCGUUGAUUUCUUUCCUUUCAGGGAGGAUGAAGGCCGUUCCCUUUUGGAAGAAUGCUUGCUCAUCGCUGAAGAAUAUAAAGGGAAAGACCACCCAACAUAUGUAACCCAUCUUGUAAAUCUGGCCACAUCGUAUUAUCGGUCCAAAAAUUAUGUUGAAGCAGAGAAGUUGCUGCGUAUUAGUUUGCAGAUUAUGCUGAAGGCCCUGCCACCUGAUGAUCAGGCUGUUAGCUUUCCAAUGCUGCAUCUUGCAAUCACUCUCUACAAUUUGAACCAAGUUGAGGAAGCUGAGAAGUAUGCACUUGAGGCUUUACAUAUUCGUGAGAAGGCGUUUGGAAAAGACUCUCUCCCCGUUGGGGAGGCCCUUGACUGUCUAGUUUCCAUUCAGAAAAAACAAGAAAAAGAUGACGAUAAGUUGUUAGAACAUCUGAAGAGAAUUUUGAGAAUUCAAGAGAAAGCUUUUGGCAGCGACAGUGAACAGGUCAUGGAAAUGCUUAAAAAGGUUGUACACUACAUGACAAGAUUAGGGUUGAAACACGAGAAACUCCCUCUGGAAAGAAGAUUGACCCAUCUUAGAGAAAAGUUCAAGCUUGCUGUCAAAUAUUAAGGUUUUAUUAUGGUUCUAUUCAUGAAGCAGCUUUGAUGGUUUACACAGAUGUCUGCCAGAAGUUAGUAGUGCUCUUCAGGAUCGGAGUUGAGACUUGUCUUUCACUAUGGCAACAAAAUGUUAACCAGCAAUAACACUUUCUAAUGUUAGAGAAUUGGUAGAAUGAAAAAGUAGAAUGCUUCGUGGUUGCCUGUAGUCUCAGAAAUUCUGCUGAGUUAUGUUUAUGAUAGCCAAUUGUGUUAGCUGGUAGAUCUCACCUUUCUCUUUGUUGUAUUUGGAGCCCAAAGAACAAUUUUUUUAGUGUUGCAAUCAUAUGUAUUUGAAAGACAUACAUUGGCAUCAAGUAAGUUUCGGCAUCACAAGAUUCACAACACAAA